GAGUUUCCGGUUUAGUAGGACGUGACAUCCGGUCUGUGAGACGUGGCUUGGGGUAGGAUCAUCAACAAGACAGUUAGAGCUGUAUCCCGUCCUCACUGCUGGCUGGGACUCAACCGCACUGGAUGGCAGGGACAAGCCGGAGCAAACAUUUCAGCAGGAUUCCUUUCUGCAUUGCAGCACCCUGCAUGCUGAUCAGGACCACUCUGCAGAAGUCGGGUCUCAUGAGUGCCGGACCCGGCAGGCCCGUUUGGGCUUUGGCUGCUCUUCUGGUUGGUGCUGCCUUGCUGGCCGUCACCUCUACGUCCUCUUCCAGUGGGAAGAAAGUGGCUCAGACAGCCCUGGCUCAUGCGACGGCGGCCGCUGCCGGCCAAGGUACCUGGUGCGCCGAGGAGAUGCUGGGCUUCCACAGCCUCACCAAGCUGCUGUCCAGAGAAGGCGUAGAUGUUUGGUUCUGCUCCCUUGUCGGCUCUAUUGCUGUGGGGCUCAGUGGAAUCUUUCCCCUCCUGGUGAUCCCUAUUGAAGCAGGAGCAGCACUGAAAACAGAAGCUGGUUGCCAGAACCUAAAGAAGCUGCUGAGUUUUGCAAUUGGAGGUCUCCUUGGUGAUGUCUUUCUCCACCUCCUCCCUGAAGCCUGGGCGCACACAUCCAGCAACAAUCAGAGGGAGAAACACUACCGUACCCAAGGCUUGUGGGUGGUUAUGGGAUUGUUGUCCUUCCUGUUGCUGGAGAAGAUGUUUCCAGACGAGGAAGGUGCUUCAGACAGCAGCACCGUGAACCAUGCAAACAAGCCCUCUGCCGCAGAUCACCAGUGUGACUAUUUCACAUCUUCAGAAAAAAAUGGCAUCUGCUCCAAUAACAAUUCCAACUCCAAGCCAACGACUGACAUCAGCUCACAGCCUCGACAAGAGAAGAUUAAGACGAGCGGCUAUCUGAACCUUCUGGCCAACUGCAUCGACAACUUCACCCACGGCCUGGCAGUAGCAGGGAGCUUCCUAGUCAGCAGGAAGGUUGGCUUUCUGACAACGUUUGCAAUCCUAUUGCAUGAGAUCCCUCAUGAGGUGGGAGAUUUUGCUAUUCUGCUGCGUGCUGGGUUUGAUCGCUGGAGUGCAGCACGCAUGCAGUUAUCCACGGCAUUGGGUGGAGUUCUGGGGGCAUGUUUUGCUCUUUCUGCUCAAUCACAGCAAGGCGCAGAAAAUGCCACAGCCUGGAUCCUGCCCUUCAGCUCUGGAGGCUUUCUCUACAUUGCAUUGGUCAGUGUGGUGCCUGAUCUUCUGGAGGAGACCAACAUCAGAAACUCUUUACUACAGAUCCUGUUGAUCUUUUGUGGUGUCGGAGUCAUGGCACUGCUUUCUGUUAUAGCGGACUAACCAGAGGACCGCACUAUUCCUGCUUAAAGACUUUCUGAAUGAAAGACUGACAUCUACCAGUUCGGAUAACUGACGGACAAUGCGAUCCACUAUUUAAGCUUUAAAAAAAAAAAAAAGGUUUGACUGAAACAAAGGGAUGUUCAGACUGUCAGGUUUGUGGGUGAUGUUAUGUGUAUAUAUAUAUAUGUGUGUGUGUAAUUAUUUUGUCUCGGACCUAUACACCGGCACUUUGAAUCAGAAAUGUAGCUGACAAACACCAGCGCAAAUGAUGGAAAAGGAGGGUACAAGAAAAGACCAAACCACAACGUUUGGCUUGUUACAGUGAGUACGCAAUUGAAAGAAAAAGAAAAAAGAUAUACAGUGAAAAUAUUAAUGGCCGUUGGGUCACUGUAUAUAGAGUUGAACAUGACUGUGGGUGUUUAACAGCAUGCCCAUAAAACUAUGCAUUUUGAUAAUAGAAAACUAGAGUAUAUUAUUUAGUUCCUAAAUUUCCGAAGUGUUAGUUAGCUUGGUUGCUCUAGUACUUGGCAGACUGUCCUGAUUUUCUGUUGUCUUAUCAACCUGUGCUUGUAUUUAAUGAGCAGCCUUGGGUAUUCAUGGUAGGAUGUAUGGUGAAGCAACCCACACACUCUUAGACACCACAGGCGUAAUGCAUUCAUGAACUCCCCACAGACAUAGUCAUAACGGGUACACUAACUUUUGCUUUCCAAGUGUUAUUAUACAGCUUUUAAGUUGUGCGUAUUUAAGCAUGCUGCUUUACUUUUUGUUACAGUGUUAUAUUUUUUUUUACUAACAUUAUAUGUUCCACUCCACUACCUGGGUUUAAUUCUGGAUGAAUGCAGACGCAACAAUGCAAAGUGCCAAUUAGUCGCUUGAUAUUUUAGAGCCUUAGUGUUAGCCAUUACUAGUUUAUUCCUUCUCUUAUAGCCUUUUGGAAUUUUAGAGGCCUUGACUGAAGCUCACAGAGAUUACAUAAAGUUUCUACAAUGAGAUUGAUCACAUAUAUCUCACAGGACGUGUGGCCUUUUUAAAGCUUGAAAUAAUCUUGUAUAAUUUUCCUAAGUAUCACGAACAAAAAAAAUAAUUGCACACUGUAAAACGGAACGUUACUGAAAGUAAUGCCAGCCAUCGGGUCAAAGUAUGGUUAUAGAAAUGUAUAUAUUUUUUAAAAGGUAUUUAUUAUAUAUGAAAAGUCAUGUGUGAGAAGGAACAAAAGUUUUACUUCUGACAUUUUUAUCACUUCCAACACUGUUAUUGAAAUAAAAGAUCUGAAAUGUCUGUA